CCAGGUCUUCCCACUAAAGGAUGCACGACUUUCUGGCAACAGAAGGGAAAUAUUUGGAUCCUUCAAAAGCACAGUACUCGGUCUCAAUACUCGAUCCUGGCCCUGCCCAUUGACUGCACUAGGGUCAUGAUCACCACCGAUGCCAUUUAACUUCUUAAGCACAAUUAUCAGAGCACAGUCCCUGACAUCACUCAGCUGCAGAAAUGAGUAAUCAAGGAGUGGUCUACUCAGAACUGAAUCUGGGCAAGAACCCAAAGAAGCAGCAAAGAAAAUCUAAGGACAUUAAAAGCUCCAUUUCAGUAGCUGAGGAGGAAAUAACCUAUGCAGAUUUAAACCUUCAAAAUUCUUCUCAGGAGCAUCCAGGGAAUGACAAGGACGACCACUGCAAAGAGUUUCCAUCACCUCCAGAGAAGCUCAUUGCUGGGAUCCUGGGAAUCACCUGCUUUGCUUUAAUGGUCACUGUGGUGGUGAUGAUUACAGUUGUUAUUCCAUCUACUGUAAUACAGGAAGAGAACAAUUCUUCCCUGAUAAGAACCCAGAAAGCACAUCACUGUGAGCAUUGUCCAAAGGAGUGGUUAACAUAUUCCAAUAGCUGUUACUACAUUAGUGUAGAAAGAAAAACUUGGAAUGAGAGUUUGGUGUCCUGUGCUUCUAAGAACUCUAAUCUGCUUUAUAUAGACAAUGAAGAAGAAAUGGAUUUUCUACAUUCCCUCUCACUUCUAUCAUGGGUUGGAGUCUUUCGUAAGAGCAGGGAUCAUCCAUGGGUAUUGAUAAAUGGCUCAACUUUCAAAUUAAAGAUAAAAGAAUCAUCAGAUGAUGAACAUAAUUGUGCUAUGCUGUAUUCAUCUGAGCUUAAAUCAGCCAGUUGUGUGUCUUCAAAUACAUACAAUUAUAAACGUAAGCUUUAAAAUUAAUAUACCUAAAUCUGGAGCCUGUCAGGUAAUUUUGUAUUUCAUGAAAUGAAAAUAAUAUUACAAUUGCUUUAGUUAUACGGUGGAAUUAUAUUACUUGUUCUAAUAAUAAAAAUGUUCAAAAAAUGAUUAUUGAAUUAUACACCAAAAAAACCCAACAACUUUUGUGCCUAGCUUUUUUGACUCAAUAUUAUAUUUGUAACAUUCAACCUUUCUAAAAGAUUCCAAGUUACCUAAGUCAAUUUCUGUGAAAUGUCAAGACCAGACAAACCUGUAGAAACAGAGUGGAUUAGUGGUUACCAAGGGCUAAGAUCAUGAUGCAAUGGAACAUGACCACUACUGAAUAUGUGUUUCUUUUUGGAGUGAGGGAAAGUUUUUAGAUUUUUGAUAGCAGUAAUGGUUGUAACUAUGUGACUAUAUUAAAAAAUCACUGAUUUAUUUAAUUUAACAGGAUGAAUUUUAUGCUGUGUACUUCAAUGAAGCUGUUAAAGAAACUUUUCCUGGGAUUAUCUUUGAGAUUACAUUUACUCUUUAAAUUUUCAAGUUUAGUCAUUUUUAUAAUAUUGACUUCCCCAGUAAAUAUCAUGCUAUGUCCUUGAACACAUUAGAUUUCUUUAAUUUUUCUUGAUCACGUUGUUCUUUUGAUAUUAAAGUCUUAUAGAAAUUUAAGUAUUCACAAUAAUGGUUUUGUAAAUGGCAUCCUUAUUUUUAAAUUUAAAUUAUUUUUAGUAAUUUUUGUUGCUGUAAAUACAAAUAUAAUUGAUGUUUGCAUGUUGCUCUUACAUCCAAUGCCUUCACUGAUUUUAUGUAUUAAUUCCAUCAUUCAAGUACAGAUUAUUAUGUAUUUUCUCUGUAAAUAACUGCUUUAUAUAUAAUCGCACGUCUAUAUUUUCUUUCC